AUGGGCAAUAAUGAAUUUUCAAGCGAGUCCCAAUUCACUCGGCGAGAUUUACAUCUCCUUAGCCAAUCAUCUUCAAAGUCUCCACUACGUGUAAUCGCGUUGAUAGAUUUUGACUGCUUCUAUGCGCAGUGUGAAGGUGUGCGUUUGGGUUUGCCUCCAAGUCAGCCUCUGGGCGUCCAGCAGUUUCUACACGUCAUUGCCACCAACUAUGCAGCUCGUGCUGCAGGGCUGAAGAAGGUGGUCACCGCGGCGGAGGCGCGGGAGAAGUGCCCAGAAAUCGUUCUCCAGCAUGUUCCCACGUGGAGGGAGGGUGACACGACUUGGCGCUAUCGAGAUGAUGUCCGUGAACACAUGAAUUCAGACAAGUCCUCGCUUGACUAUUAUCGACUUCAAUCUCGGAAGGCGAUCCAAAUCGUGAAGGAUGCACUACCUGCCACGUCUCGAAGGAUUGAGAAGGCGGGUAUCGAUGAAGUCUUCAUAGACCUCUCAAUCCCUGUCUAUGACGUUCUGGUGGAACGUUAUCCCGAACUUUUGGCUUGUGAGUCUCGUCUCCCAAAGCCUCUUGAUAUCAUACCUAAGUGGGAGGACGACCAACUUGUACAGUGUGAGGCUGAGAAUGAAGACGAGAAUCCGGAACAUGACACGAUCGACUGGAAUAUCAUCGCCCUUCAGAUUGGCUCUGAGAUAGUCCGCGAAAUCCGUAAGAAGAUACUUGACGAUCUGAACUACACGUGCUCCGCCGGCAUCGCACAUAACAAAGUCGUUGCGAAGCUCGCAGCAGGCCAUAACAAACCCAAUAAGCAAACCGUCAUCCGGAAAUGCUGCACCGGCUCUUUUCUAUCCGGCUACAAAGCAACGAAACUUCGAGGUUUAGGCGGUAAGCUUGGACGUCAAGUCGUCACGACAUUCUGUGUGGAAACGAUUUCAGACCUCCUUCGGUUUCCGCUCAAGGAGAUGCAGGCAAAGCUUGGCACCCACGCAGGACACUGGGUCUACCACGUCAUCCGAGGAUUCGAGGACAGCGAAGUGGUGCAAAGGACUGAGAUCAAAAGCAUGCUUUCGGCCAAGACGUUCAGUCCAAGCAUCACAGGCGUGGACCAAGCCGAGCGAUGGCUGCGAAUCUUUGCCGCAGACAUCGUGGGCCGCUUGGAGGACGAAGAGGGACGCCGACCCACGACGAUAGCCGUGCACCACCACAUCCAGGGCCGAUUUGGGCCUACACGAUCCAAGCAGGCACAGAUCCCCGCCGGACCGACCUUGGACACGGAGCUUCUGUUCAAGCUGUCGAUGGAGCUGCUGAUCAAGAUAUCCGACGAGACGCCGAGCUGGCCGUGCCUGACGCUUUCGAUAGGCGUCUCGCACUUCCGCGACGUCGAUAAAUCAAAUCACCUCAUUUCCGGAUUCACCACGCCUGGGAAAUGGUCGGGCUCGGCUUCUGAAGGACAACUCUACACUUCGGGCAUGGCGAAGAGAUCCCUGGAAGAGCCGACUUCGAAUGACAGGCCGCGGAAAUAUACCCUGCUGGACUUCCAGGGGUUCUCACAGAAACCAGACAAGGUCGACCAGACUUCAUGCCCGACUGAUGCCAAUGUUGCGAGUCAUAUUUCAGGGAGGGAAAUUACAGCUUCUGAUUCGGAUCGAUUGCGACGGGCCGGAAAGCAAACAGUUCAAGAUUCAUCCACCGCGACACCGGAUGCCGCAGGACUAUAUUGCUGCCCUCUGUGCUCGGAGCAAAUCCCGGAUAACAGUGUCCUCGAGCACCUGGACUGGCACGUUGCACUUCAUCUGCGUGAUCAAGGCUAG